AUGGCACUUCAAAUAUCACUCCGACUCCGAAGAGCUUGCACACUAAAAUUACAAAGGCAAAGGAUGAUUGGACCACGUUUGUUGAGCAGAUUUGCUGGCUACUCCGCAUUCCUCAACACUCAAAAGGAGAGAAGACUUCCUCUACUUUAUUUGGAUAGAGAAAGGGGAUUUUUUAUCAAUAAAUUUUAUGCGUGA